UGAAGGGAAACAAACAUUCUUAACCAAGCUAUUCAGGUUUAGACACACUACUCCUAGGAAAGGGUUGAAGUGAAGAAACUCUUUUCCAAUCCUUCUUGUUUGGGGAGGAAAGAAAAGGCUAGCAAGCUAAACCACUAAACCACUAAGAUCAGAAUGGAUGAUGUGUUUGCCCCAUCUCUUUUUCUUUUGGAUUUUUUUUUCUCUCUUUUCCUUCUCGGACAGUUCGCGAAGAACAGAACUUCUUUUCGUCCUUCUUCGGUCCCCCUUGCUUUGGCGCUUCCCGCCGUCCCCUGGCCCCAGUACGACGGCGCCCAGAUUUCUUUGGCAUCUACCGAAUCGCCCGGAGAGGACAGCUUCCCACCCCAACACAAAACCCACCCAGUCAGUCAGUUCCAUUCAUUGGGUGUUUGGUUUUUCUCUUUUGGGGACAUGAUUUGGAACUCUGCUAUUGGACCGCAUGUAUGAUGCGAAGGUUUCUUUUUCGAAACUGAUCCACAAAAACCUACCUUAGAACCUUUUUUUUUGUGGGUGGGGUGCUAAACCAAAAC